AUGUCAAUGUUCCAGAAGGUUGAAAUCAACAUCCCUCUUUUAGAUGUCAUUACACAAAUUCCUAGAUAUGCUAAGUUCCUUAAGGAACUUUUCACAUCUAAGAAAAAUCUCAAAGGAAAUCAAAUGGUGAAAGUAGGGGAAAACGUGUCCGCCGUGUUACAAAAACUACUACCAAAGAAAUGCAAGGAUCCAGGUGUAUUCACGGUUCCUUGUAAAAUGGGUAACCUUUUUGUGCCACGUGCCAUGCUUGAUCUUGGAGCAUCAAUUAAUGUUUUACCUUAUUCAAGCUAUAAAACAAUGGAAGUUGGACCUUUAACAAAAACCGAAGUCAUAAUUCAACUUGUUGAUCGGUCUUUAAUACACCCAAAAGGUGUAUUGGAGGACGUAGUAGUGUAUGUCAAUGAACUUGUAUUUCCUGCCAAUUUUUAUGUGCUUGAUAUGGGAGAUGAUGAUCAAACCUCGAGUUCCAUACUUUUAGGUAAACCAUUUUUAAAAAUAGCAAAAACAAAAAUCAAUGUCUACAAUGGUACAUUAUCCAUGGAGUUUGAUAGGGAGGUCAUCAACUUCAAUAUCUAUGAACCAAUACGGUACCCAAGUAAUAUUCAUUGUAUUAAUUUUGUUGAUAUGAUCCAACCUUUGACUAAAAAGUGUUUUGAGUUGACUAACCAUGAUUCGUUGGAGUUAGUUUUGAGCAUGAAUUUUGAUAACAAUUUAGUCAAAGUGAUUGCAACAAAUUUCAAGCUUGAUGAGGAGUUUCUGGAAAUUGUAGAGUUCAUGGAAGAGAGGAGGAAAAUGAGGUAUGAUAAUACCAAGGCACCCAAGCUAGAAUUGAAGACUCUUCCCAAUCAUUUGAAGUAUGCAUAUCUUGGAGAAGAGAAGACUUUGCCUAUCAUUAUCUCCAACAAGUUGUCCAUUGAAGAAGAAGAUAAGUUGGUGACUUUGCCAAAAGAGUAUAGGAAAGCUAUUGGGUGGACGAUUGCUGACAUAAAGGGUUUGAGUCCCUCUUUAUGCAUGCUUAAGAUUCUCAUGGAGGAAGACUUCAAACCAACCUGA